AACAGAAGUUAGCCGGUUCCGUCAGGGUUUGAUUAUUGAAGGUAGGCAACGGUGAUUGGCUACUGCUACGGGUGCUCCGGUCGCUGAUUGGACGCUUCUCUAACGUGGGUGGGACUUCGGUGCGUGGAGGUUUCCGCUGUGAGUGCGGUUUGACAGAAGAGGAGGCGAGCGGCUGGGUUCAGCACUAGUUGUUAAUGGACCAGCUGUGUACGGUGCCGCUGUUAGAAUGGGACAGAGCACCUCGGGACCAGAGUCCCCAGAACCACCAGAGCACGACGGAUUUAGAAACUUAAAGACGUUAGUGGAGGACCAUCUUCAGACCAGCAUGAUGGUGGGAAUAGUGCUCGGUGCUGGCAUUGCCAUAGUCCUCAUUGCCAUCCUCAUCUUCUUCGUCCUGCGGAGAAUCCAGCUCCGGAACCUUGCAGCUCAAGAAGCCCCGAAGUACCGUUUCCGUAAAAGAGACAAAGUUUUAUUCUAUGGCAGGAAGAUCAUGAGGAAAGUGUCUCAGUCUACGUCAUCUUUAGUUGGAACGUCUUCGUCCUCCUCCUCCCGCCCAAGACUAAAGAAGAAGCAGAAGAUGCUUAACAUUGCCAAAAAAAUCUUGCGCUUUAAGAAAGAAGUACCCACUCUCCAAAUGAAGGAGCCCCCUCCUUCUGUAUUGGAGGCUGACCUCACAGAAUUUGAUGUGGCCAACUCACACCUGCCUUCAGAGGUGCUCUACAUGCUCAAAAACGUGCGUGUUUUAGGCCACUUUGAGAAGCCUUUAUUUCUGGAGCUCUGUAAGCACAUGGUGUUCCUGCAGUUCCAGCAGGGCGAGUACGUCUUCAGACCCGGACAGCCUGACAGCAGCAUUUACGUGGUGCAGGACGGCAAACUGGAGCUGUGUCUUACCGGACAGGAUGGCAAGGAUGGAGUGGUGAAAGAAGUGUACCCAGGAGACUCUGUUCAUAGUCUGUUGAGUAUUCUUGAUGUCAUCACAGGUCACCAGAGGCCGUAUCGGACAGUGUCCGCCAGAGCUGCAGAAGUGUCUACUGUUCUCCGCUUGCCUGUCGAGGCUUUUUUGUCCAUUUUUGAGAAAUAUCCAGAGAGCUUAGUGCGCGUGGUACAGAUUAUCAUGGUGAGGCUGCAGAGGGUGACAGUUCUGGCCUUGCACAACUACCUAGGCUUGACUAAUGAGCUCUUCAGCCAUGAGAUGCAGCCGCUGCGUUUGCCCCCCCUCUCUCCUCACACCACCCGUACCAGCCCUGUAAGGCACAGCAAACGAUUCAGCAGCCUCACCGUUCCAGAUGAACAGCGAGAGGCUGCUGUCCGAGACGCCAGUGGGGAUCAUGGGAAGGAAGGCAGCAGCACCAUUCCAACCCUCAGCAGGGCUAUCUCCAUGCCUGUGGACAUCGCCGGCAUGCAAAAGAGCCUGCGUUCAGAUUUUGACAUGGCAUAUGAGAGGGGUCGGAUAUCUGUGUCUGCUGAGGAUGGAACACCAACACCACCCACGUUUACACGGUCUCAGGACCAGCGAGAGAGGAAAGUUACAGUAGAUGAUGUGCCAUCAGGUGUGUAUCUGUACCCAGAGGAAGAGUCAGGCCACGAGAACGUUUAUGGGCCGUUACCAGGGCGACCCAAUGCAUCCCUGUUCGAAGAAGCUCAGAAAGAGAUCCUUAAACUGAUGAGAAUUGAGGACCCUGCUCUGCUGAACGGACGAGUGACAUUGCACCAUGCCAAAGCUGGAGCUGUCCUGGCCAGACAAGGAGACCAGGACGUGAGUCUGCAUUUUGUGCUGUCAGGCUGCCUGCACGUGUAUCAGCGCAUGAUCGACAAGCAGGAGGAUGUGUGUCUGUUUGUGACGCAGCCCGGUGAGAUGGUAGGUCAGCUGGCAGUGCUGACCGGUGAGCCCCUAAUCUUCACCAUCCGGGCCGUCAGAGACUGCACUUUCCUCAAAAUCUCCAAAUCUGACUUCUAUGAGAUAAUGCGGGAGCAGCCCAGCGUGGUGCUAAGUGCAGCUCACACUGUGGCCAUCCGCAUGUCUGCUUUCGUGAGGCAGAUGGACUUUGCUAUAGAUUGGAUGGCUGUGGAAGCUGGGCGCGCUCUCUAUAGGCAGGAUGAUCAGUCUGAUUGCACCUACAUUGUGCUGAAUGGCCGUCUGCGUUCUGUCAUCCGUAAGGCCAAUGGAAAGAAGGAGCUAGUUGGGGAGUAUGGACGAGGAGAUCUAAUUGGGGUGGUAGAGGCGUUGACUAGGCAGCCCCGGGCAACUACAGUGCAUGCGGUCCGAGACACGGAACUGGUCAAGCUCCCAGAGGGAACACUAAACAACAUUAAGAGACGCUAUCCUCAGGUUGUUACUCGGCUGAUCCAUUUGUUGGGCCAGAAGAUUCUAGGAAACCUUCAGCAGACCCGUGGACAUUUCUCAAGUUCAGCUCUGGGUUUGCCUACUGUGGCAUCCAGUCCUGAUGUCACCAACCCAGCCAGCAACCUCUCCACUGUAGCUGUACUGCCUGUCUGUGAUGAAGUGCCAAUCAAUGCCUUUAACCUGGAGCUUAGCCACGCCCUCAGCGCCAUAGGUCCUACUCUGCUGUUAACGAGUGACAUCAUCAGAGAGAGACUUGGAGCUUCUGCCUUAGACAGCAUUCAUGAGUACAGGUUAUCCGGCUGGUUGGCACAGCAGGAGGACAUCAACCGGAUAGUUCUGUAUCAGACAGACAGCAGUAUGACUCCCUGGACACAGCGCUGCAUCAGGCAAGCAGACUGCAUUCUCAUCGUUGGCCUGGGAGACCAGGAGCCCACUCUUGGCCAGUUGGAGCAGAUGUUGGAGAACACAGCAGUGCGGGCACUGAAGCAGCUGGUUCUGCUGCACCGUGAAGAUGGGCCAGGCCCUUCCAGAACUGUGGAGUGGUUGAACAUGCGUAGCUGGUGCUCCGGUCACCUCCACCUCAAAUGCCCCCGCAGAGUCUUCUCCCGCCGCAGCCCCACUAGACUGAGGGAGGUGUAUGAGAAAGUCUUUGAAAAGACUGCAGACAGACAUAGUGAUUUCUCCCGUCUGGCCCGAGUCCUCACCGGAAACAGCAUUGCUCUUGUACUAGGAGGAGGAGGAGCGAGGGGCUGCUCGCAUGUCGGUGUGAUCAAAGCCAUGGAGGAGGCAGGGAUUCCCAUCGACUUAGUGGGUGGAACGUCUAUCGGCUCUUUUAUUGGUGCGCUCUAUGCAGAGGAAAGAAGUGCUGUUCGGGUGAAGCAGCGAGCAAGAGAGUGGUCGAAGGCAAUGAAUUCAGUGUUCAAAACAGUCCUGGAUCUGACUUAUCCCAUUACGUCCAUGUUCUCUGGCUCCGCAUUCAACACCAGCAUUUCCAACGUAUUUGAGGAUAAGCAAAUAGAGGACCUGUGGCUGCCUUAUUUCAAUGUGACCACUGACAUCACAGCAUCUGCAAUGCGGGUACACAAAGACGGCUCUCUGUGGCGCUAUGUGCGGGCGAGCAUGACCCUAUCCGGGUACCUGCCGCCCCUCUGCGACCCCAAAGAUGGCAACCUGCUCAUGGACGGCGGAUACAUCAACAACCUACCAGCGGACAUUGCCCGGAACAUAGGUGCCAAAACAGUCAUCGCCAUUGACGUGGGCAGCCAGGACGAGACCGAUCUCUGUAACUACGGCGACAGCCUGUCCGGCUGGUGGUUGCUGUGGAAACGGAUCAACCCGUGGGCGGAGAAAGUGAAGGUUCCCGACAUGGCUGAGAUUCAGUCCCGGUUGGCCUACGUUUCCUGUGUACGGCAGCUUGAGGUGGUCAAAAAGAGUGCCUACUGCGAGUACAUCCGGCCACCCAUUGACCGUUUCAAGACCAUGGACUUUGGCAAGUUUGACGAGAUUUACGACGUGGGCUACCAGCACGGGAAACUGCUGUUCACCAGUUGGGCCCGCGGUGACAUCAUCCAGAACGUGCUGAAAGACCACCGCUCAGCUGACUAUACUGACAGCAAGAAAACUGAUAGCUGCACGUGUCCCGGGGCAGACUUCACUGACCUGGCUGAGAUUGUGUCCAGGAUUGAGCCGGUGCAGAGCUACGUGGGGGCUGAUGCAGAGGAGUCGGACGGUCUGACAGAGUAUGAGGAGGAUGGAAUGGACACAGUGAGGGAGGAGGAAGGUGAAGAAGAGGAGGACGAAGCUGAUGACCCUGAAGACCACUCACCUGGGGAUUGGGGAGCAAAUGGCGUCUUUCAGGCGGACGAGGAGAAAUUCCCCCGUCAGAGGAGGAAGAAUCCUAGCGACUCAAACACGUGCUCUGAGUUGUCUGACUGCUGACAGGAAGUGAUGCGACAUCCAGACAUCAGAAGGCACGUGAAAGGGAAGUAGCUCCCUCACGUACGGAUCUGGAGUGGAAUGAUAGAGAAGAGAAGUCAAGGUAGACCGAGAAGAUGAAGAUGGAGACAUGAUGGAAAGAGAGAGAGAGAGAGAGAGAGUGGUCAACCAAAGAUAACUGUGCUACACAACAUACAGCAACACCACUAAAACCAACCCAAACAAAAACUGUGACACCUGCUCUUCUCUUGUUUUGAGGG